UUGACAUUCGGGUCUUAUUUGACAAACUUAACCAAUUUAAACAAUUGUGAAAAUAAUGAGUCGCAACGUGACGAUUUUAAAAACAAACCAACACCGAGUUUUUCCACCUUCUGCUUACAGUGUGUUUCAUGCAGUGCUGGUAAAAAGUAACAAUACCGCAGGUUGAAAAUACUCAGAUACAGAUGGAAGUCUUGCAGUUUUCUAGGAGUUUGCUCCUCUCAGGGACAAGAUGGCCCUUCACCAAGCUGCCAUCUCCAAACAAGGAGUCACAAGGGGUGAGAGAUAUUGCCAAAAUCAUAUAUCAUGAUAUAUGUAACUGUAUAUCACAAUACUUGUAACUGUAUAUCACAAUACUUGUAGGCUAUAUCAGGAUACAGUUAUUGUUGGUUGUGUUCUUUGGAAGGAUUGCACCCUUUACCUUCUGUCUAAUGGAAGAAGCUCAUUUGCCCUCAACACAGGAUUCACAGGAUGUCAUUUUCAUUACAAUUAAGUACUAAUGUCCUUAUCCUAAACUGAAGUAUUACCAGAAAGUCAUGGAGAUACUACUCUUCAGGGCAGAGAAGCGUUCAACCACAAUGUUUUGAGUGGAUUCUUGUAGUUGUAUUGAAGUUGGUGAAGAGAGACUUUGAGGCAGCUGGCUGGGAAAGACCUGAGCCAUGGAGGCAGAGAGAAUGACAAAACUGUGUAGUUGUAGGAGCAAAAAUGAAUACACCCAAGUGUAGAGUGGAAAAGAGAGCCCCCGUUGGUCUGGCGUGUGUCUUGGAACAUUCUCCGGAUAUGUGGAAACGGGCUAACUUGCACGCUGAUGGCAACACAAGACGGCAGGUGAUUUCUGCCCUCCUUGCCAAGACUAAUCAGAACAACAGGCUGCUGAUGGCAGAGCAGAUGAUUGGCCUCAUGUAGCCCUGCAUUCCAGUGGGAAGUACAGACCAGUGGGUAUGUCUUUACUGUACUACUGCAAAUCAUAUAGGGCCAGGCAACUGCUCACAGCACAAAAAACAAGUCCCAUAGUUUAGAUCAAUACCCAAAUGAUGUUCAUGUUUCAAGUGAAUUACUAAUUUGGUGUAAUGUCCAUGAUGUGCAUCUGUCUACGUAGCGCCUUUCGCAGCAAUGCAGUUGUCAGAUAACACAGGAGACAAUGAGACUUUAGAUAAGAGAGGAAUCCUCAACACUCCCAAUGAUGGUCAUGGUCAGAUCCUUGAACCACAUUAAUUUUUAACUCAUUCUUGCAGUGCCAUAAUGUGCCGUUUCAUAAAUAGAGCGUAAGUACUCAAGUGCAAAUGUAGAACAACGACAAAAAUGCGUUGCUUUAAUAGAGUUUCUCGUUUUAUAGAGGUUAUAUAGAGGGCUUUUAAACAAAAUCACUCAAAAUCUUGCAUACAUAAUUCCUGCAAAGUUGCUUUUGGUUAAAUAAUAGUUAGCAAAUCCUAACUGAGUGGAGGAAUUAUUAGGAGUUUGACUCCGGCUGGUCAAUGUGCAUUCCUGCAAAAGUGAGCCCUCCUCCUCCUCCUCCUCCUCCUCCUCCUCCUCCUCCUAAUUAUCCAGAUGAUUUCUCUUCCAAUUCAAACAUUUGCUGAGCAAAGUACUUCGCUGUUCUCAAACUCCAAUAUGUAAUAUCGUCCAUGAAGUCAGUUAAUAUCUGAUAGUUGUUAGUAGAAGUUUAUUUAAAAAUAUAAAAGCGCUGUAGAGGCAAUGCUUUACAUACCUGACUCAGCAGGGAUUUGAUAAUGCUGAGGCUCAGUUUUAGUUAGUGUAUGAAACAUAAAGUCUUAUCUUACACUUCAGUUUUGGAAUAUUCUAACAUUUGGAAGAAGCACAUUUAGGAGAUCAGACUGUGGUGGCAUUUGCAUCCAUCAAAUGUGGAUAAAGAAUGAAACCAUUCAGCUGUCUUUGUGGUAUUUUAUUUCUUGUAAGAAAGUCCAGUCAGUCGUACAGAGAGCAUCCGAGUGAACGUUACAAGCUUGGCAAUACUGAAAGGAGCCUUCUGGAAGUCAUGGAGGCAGCAUCAGGAUGUUCUCAGUUCACAGAAGUCGAAGGUCAUACUGUCGGUGCAAAUAGAUUUUAACUAACAACAUUGCAACAAAUCUUCUUAAUAAGGAGUUUUCCCAAGCUAAGCAAAGACGUGAAAGCCAAUAAAUUAACAUUAGAAAGUAAGAAUCACACAAUGAUAAUAUUAAAGUUAGUGACUAAAAUACUUUUCUGUUACAAGACUUUAAAUCUUUACAGAUGUAUUUUGCAUAUGACUCAUUACUUCAACAGUCUCUGAACUUUGAUAUGUGUUUCAGAUUUGACAGAAAGACAGAGUUUCUCAGAUGGAGCAUUCGUGUUCUUCCAGGAAAUAUUCUCCACAUAAUCACAUCGGGAGAAACCACGCAGCUGUGCAUGUAAUGUAGCAAAUGGCAUUGCAGUGGCGAGGCUGAUGGAGGCACGUGUACAUUUGUAUUUGUUACCAUGGCAAAUAUGAUUCCAGAAAGGUCUCUGACACUGGGAAGAAAGUGCAAAAAGCAGAACAUCACUACUUCUGAUUCAUCAUCUGUAACGUUCAGAAUGAGCGGAAGAAGACGGGUUGGAUGUAUGUGUUAGUAUAUAACAGGAAAGGGUGGAGUGAUUUUGAUAAUUUCUGAAAGGAACAUAAUCCACCCCCCACUUGCUCUCUCUCUCUCCUUCCCUGCCACCUCCCUCUCUCUCUCUCCCCUUUUCUCUCUCUCUCUCUGAGUCCCAGCCCCUGAAGGUGUCAUAACUGUGCUCUCUCUCUCUCCCUCUCUCACUCACUCUCUAUCACCGCCUUUCAGAUCUUUAAAAGCUGGUGCUUUGCUGUCUCUCUCUCGAUCUCCAUUUGUCUCCUCUGGCACUGCAGGGGACUCAACCGGCAAAGCACCAAGGAGAGCUACUGUAUAGAAACGGGGAGGAAGACUGAGGAAAGGGGAGAGAAAAGGGAGAGAGACUAAGGGAGAAAUAUACAUCCAGAAAUAGCAUCAUCCACAUUUAACUGACAGAGAGUGACAGAGUGGAGAACCUGAGACCUGGACACAAAAUGCCUUUCCUUUCUUACUUAACAACCGUUGUUUUGUUGCUGAUUGCUCACUGCGGAUCAUGGACCGGGGCAAACCGCUUGGGCCCCUUCAAGGUCUGUCCCUCCUGCAGGGAUCCACUGGGGGCAGGUCGCCCCCCCAGAGACCAUAAUGUUGCCGGCAGCACGUCAGUGUUGGCCCAGGGAGAGCCCUGUGGUGUGUACACCCUGAGCUGUGCCAAGGGGCUCCGCUGUGUUCCCCCACCAAGGGAGCACAGCCCCCUCCAGGCUCUGUUGCAGGGAAGAGGCAUUUGCGCCAAGCACAGCAGGACUAGUCCCACUGAGAGGCCCCACCCCGCAGGUCCCCAUCCCUCACACAGUGGUGACAUUGAAAAAGCACCCUGCCGCAAGCUGCUGAAUCUUGUCCUGAGGGGUCUGGAGCUGACAAUCUUCCAGUCUGACCGUGACAUCUAUAUACCCAACUGUGACACCCGUGGCUUCUACAGGAAAAAGCAGUGCCGCUCCUCCAAGGGCAUGCAGCGUGGCCACUGUUGGUGCGUGGAUGAACUCGGCACGCCUGUGCCCUCACGUGCCAGCGAAGAUGGCACUUUACCAUGCGAUGGGGAGUGAGGCAUGAGUCUGUCCAAUUGCUCUGAGCCUGGAGGAAGAGGAGAAGGUGGAGGAGGAGGAGAAGGUGGUGGAGGAGCAGGAGCACAGGGAGAGAGGGUGGCUUUAGCAUGUGCUAGACAGUGCCUGGACAGGAGGUAGCAGGGAUAAACCACUUCCUAUGGAAAAUACAUACCAGUUAACGUUCAUGUCCUCUCUAAAGCAAGACACACACACUCACAGUCCAGCAGCAGCAACAAUAACAUCUUCCUGAAUGUUCAACAGUUGCAGCAGCGUCCUCUGCGUCGUCUGGUGACAUGCUGCAUGCUUACAUUAAUGCUCUGUGAACUGCCUCAGUGAUCCAAGCGGUAUUACUCCGAAUUAUCUCUAUAUUCCCUGGCUCUUGUCCUGGCUUUCUGGUAGAUCUUUAUUUUACUUUUUAGUUUAGGAUAGCUGACACUGCCUGUGUUUGUUCUGAUCUCAGUGGGCUGAAAUACUGUUACGCAGGUGAUGCGACACAAAUGUUUGAAAAAUGUGUCUCCCUCACCGUCCUCUCUCCCUCUCUCCAAAGAUACACUGAUAUCAACAUACCUAAUUGACAAAAUAUUUCUUUUCUAUUAAUUUAUUUUUGAGUAUGUGUUUCCAUCAAGUACUGCUUGAAUCUUACAGUAUAUAUAUGUCAAGUCAGAAAAAAUAAUCUUACAAAUAUGAUCCUGAAUGCUUUUGUUCAUUUUAUUUGUCAAAAUGGCAUUCUGACUGCUUAUUAGUUGAUUGUUUGUACAUAUGUUGGAUUUUUGUGGUUGACUGUGUGUUCUGAAGUGGCAUACAAAAAGCUUACGGCUGUUACCCUUUUCAAAAAGUUGUAAGGCAUAUUUUUAUACACGUCAAUAUAAUAUUUUAUAUAUGAAUUGUUGGUUUAUUUAAUGAACUACAGUACAAUGCCAUGUAUUUUUAUAUUGUCAGCAGUUUCUUAUUUAAAGACAGAGAUUAUUUUAUUUCAUGUUAGGGGAAGUGUUGUGCUUGAAAGGCACCUUUAUGGCAAAACUCAUCAUUCAUCAGAGCUCUAUUCAACUGCUGCACAUCUUAUGGUUAUAUCUCAUGUUUUUAAUUUCCUUUUAUUUAUGCUUUGUUUAUUUGAAAGUUGAGAAUAUCCAUGUUACUAUUAUGUUUUAUUUCUGGCACAUCAUACCACAAAUUCUGAGUUCAGUAGAGGAAAAAAAAAAUCAAAUUUGUUAUUGUUAUGUCUCUCCCAAGUCCUUGCAAAAGUCAUGAAAUGGUGUGCUAUUAAAGUGUGAUUAGAAUUUAUCUAUUUCUGAACAAUCUUGUUGUGCCAAUGUGUGUGCCGUGAUGAAAGGUCCAUGCACAAAGGACCUGUAAGAUUUGCAAAUAUGAAAAUAAAACAUAAUGAUAAUAAAAAUGGAGAAGAAUUAAACAUAUAUUAAUAUAA